AUGGAUCGCAGCAGCGUGGCUAAUGAGGGCGCUGAGGCAGUGACAUGCAAUGUCUGUGGCAUGUUUCUAUUCUUGCCUGAGGUUCCAGAAUUGAGGGAGAUGGUGAGGGAGAAGGAAUCAGCAAGGUCGGUUAUUGGAAAAGUUGAUGUUCUGCAGAUGGAAGCGAAAUCUAGGGAACAAGCCGUACCAAAGCGAGAGUGCAGAAGGAAAAGGAAAGCCAAAGAGAAGCAGAGGAAGAAAUUGGUUGGCUAUCAGUCCAGAAAUCAACCUGAGAUUUCAGCCCAUGAAGAAAUACGGAAGAGAAAGAGAAGGCCUAAGGGCGCCAUAAAAGACACAUGGUUCAGCUGGAACACAUAUAACUGCCUGGAGUGUGGGAAAAUCUUCUAUUGUAAUAGCAAACUAACUCAACAUCAAAGGAUUCACACAGGGGAGAAGCCUUAUAAAUGCCUGGAGUGUGGAAAGUGCUUCUCUCAGAAUUACAGUCUAACUGUACAUAAAAGGGUUCACACGGGGGAGAAGCCAAAGAAAUGCCUGGAGUGUGGAAAGUGCUUCUCUCGGAAUGACAGCCUAACUCAACAUCAAAGGGUUCACACGGGGGAGAAGCCAUACAAAUGCCUGGAGUGUGGAAAGUGCUUCUCUUGUAAUAGCGCCCUAACUAAACAUCAAAGGGUUCACACGGGGGAGAAGCCAUACAAAUGUCUGGAGUGUGGAAAGUGCUUCUCUUGGAAUAGCGACCUAACUAAACAUAAAAGGGUUCACACGGGGGAGAAGCCAUACAAAUGCCUGGAGUGUGGAAAGUGCUUCUCUUUGAAUGGCAGCCUAACUGCACAUCAAAGGGUUCACACAAGGGAGAAGCCAUACAAAUGCCUGGAGUGUGGAAAGUGCUUCCUUUUCAAUGGCAAACUACCUGCACAUCAAAGGGUUCACACUAGGGAGAAGCCAUAUAAAUGCUUGGAGUGUGGAAAGUGCUUCUCUUUGAAUGGCAGCCUAACUGCACAUCAAAGGGUUCACACGGGGGAGAAGCCAUACAAAUGCCUGGAGUGUGGAAAGUGCUUCCUUCAGAAUGGCAGUCUAACUGUACAUCAAAGGCUUCACACGGGGGAGAAGCCAUACAAAUGCCUGGAGUGUGGAAAGUGCUUCUCUUUGAAUGGCAGCCUAACUGCACAUCAAAGGGUUCACACGGGGGAGAAGCCAUACAAAUGCCUGGAGUGUGGAAAGUGCUUCUCUUUGAAUGGCAGCCUAACUGCACAUCAAAGGGUUCACACAGGGGAGAAGCCAUACAAAUGCCUACAAUGUGGAAUGUGCUUCUCUCACAGUUCCCCUCUAACUAAACAUCAAAGGGUUCACACAGGGGAGAAGCCAUACAAAUGCCUGCAAUGUGGAAAGUGCUUCUCUCACAGUUCCUCCCUAACUAAACAUCAAAGGGUUCACACAGGAGAGAAGCCAUACAAAUGCCUGCAAUGUGGAAAGUGCUUCUCUCACAGUUCCCCCCUAACUAAACAUCAAAGGGUUCACACAGGAGAGAAGCCUUAUAAAUGCUCAGAGUGCGGACAGUGCUUCACUUGGAUUUACAGCCUAACUAGACAUCAGAAGGUUCACAACAGAGAAGCCACAUAA